AUGGCAGGCCAAAAGUCAGUUGAUUUUGAAGAUUUCUUGCCGACUAUGGUUGAGAAAUUGGAUGGGGAAAGAUUGAUUGGAGAGCUUUGUAAUGGGUUUCAUUUAUUGAUGGGCCCUAACAAGAAAGUCAUCACCUUUGAAAGCUUGAAGAGGAACGCUGAUUUACUAGGGUUGCAGGGUUUGAAAGAUGAAGAAUUGUUGUCUAUGUUGAGAGAAAGUGAUUUGGAUGGUGAUGGUGCUCUUAAUCAGAUGGAAUUUUGUAUUUUGAUGUUUAGAUUGAGCCAUGAAUUGAUGGAGGAGUCAGAGAGUUUGUUUGGAGAAGCUCUGAUAUAG